AGAACAUUUAAUUUGAUGUUUGUAAUAGUCGGUGGAUUUAAUUACAAAUAACAUAUCAACAUUUUAUUUUCAUACGUUUGAAUUUGUUUAGUAAAUUGCUACAAUACUAUUUCAGUCAAUAAUAGUUUAUUUAGAAGUAGUCAAAACUAUUUGUUCCAACAAUCUUCACAUAUUCAAAUCAACACUCCAUGAUGAAUUUUCAAGAGUCCAUUAUUGGACUAACAUGUGCGUACUUGCUAUUACUCGCUGCUGUUUCUUCUCAAAACUGCGAAUUCAGCACACUUGACUAUUCUCGAGUUUUCACAGAUAAAUCUGUCCAGGAAGAUCCGCUGUUUACCAAGACUGGGAUCCAGUCGCAAAGCCACUGUCUCCACGUUUGUAGUCGACGAUAUGGACGGUUCUGUUUGGGGUUCGUCUACAACAAAAAUCAACAGCGGUGCAUGGGAUACAAUUCUAGACUGGAACAGCUGACGCAAAUAACAGAAGUCGGAUCCGUCGGGUUUGCAGCCAAGUCGUGUCCGUUGCCUCCAUCGCUACCCAACGGCGACGCUGUCUACAACUCAUUGCUGGUAGGAAGUGUCGCUAACUACAGCUGUAACAAAGACUACCAAUUUUUUGGACUCAGUCUGUCAAGUGUCUGCGAGAUGUCUCAAUCGUGGAAUGGACUUAGUGGUUCCUGCAAACGUGUUGCUUUCUAUAACAUCUCAUCACCAUCCCAACAGAACAUUCCUGAAAUAGUCGUUGCUGGUUGGAAGGUGGAAAUCUUAGGCACACCCCUCGCUGAUACCAGAACUAGUAUCGACUUGAGACACCAGUAUAACCUCCCCCUUCUUGUGAUUGUCAACUUCCAGGAAGGCACAGUGGUCCGGAACUCAUUCCUUUACAAUAUCUUGGGUAACGAAGAGCGAACUCAGCCAUAUUUUCCAUUCGCCGUAGGAAUACCAUUUAAUCUGACAAUCCUCGUCAAGGAUUCUGCAUUUGAGUUAUACGUUAAUGAAACCUUCUUUGUUUCUCGUGCAAAUAACUACAGCAUCGCAUUGAUAAACCAAUUCAGCAUCAUGGAAGGUUUCCUUCAUUCAGUUAAAUUCAUCUAUUAAUAUUUCGCUUCAACGUUCACAUUUUGUUAAGAUAAAUACAGCAAAGAAACUAGCCUGCUCGGAUUAGCUGAUACUACAACUACGACUUCUACUGCUGCUGCUAAUGUGCAACUGCUACAGCUACAUCUACAGCUACAGCUACAUCUACGUAAC